CCGAGGCUCGUCGUCGUUCCUGCUGCUGUUUUUUUGCUCAAUACUAAAGGACGCCAAUACGAGAAGAAUGAAGAUCUUCGUAUCAGCAAUCCUGCUGGCCUGCGUGGCCCAGGCAAUGUGCGGUAGUUACCGACAAGGAGGAGGAGGAAGAGGAGGAGGAGGAGGAGGAGGCGGGUUUAGAACAGGUGGCGCGCAAGUCAGGCAGGUCGUUUCCGGUGGCGCUGGACGCGUCGGUGGAUUCAGCGCUGGUGGCGCUCGUGUCGGUGGAUUCAGCGCUGGUGGCGCUCGUGUCGGUGGAUUCAGCGCUGGUGGCGCUCGCGGCGGUGGAUUCAGCGCUGGUGGCGCUCGUGGCGGCAGCUUCGGAGGAGGCAGUAUCAGUUCCGGUAUCAGUUCCGGCUUCGGUAUGGCUCAAGGUGGAAACAUCGACCCCAACAACUUCGCCAACAUCGACGCCAGCGCCUUCGGUUUCGACAACUUCGGCAACACGUACAUCAACGUCGAGGCUUUCGACUUCAACAACUGGAGGAACGCCGCCCAGGCUCUCGCUCCCCGUGAGGCAAUCAACGCCGCACAGACCGAGCAGAUCGUCAUCGGCCGUCGAUUCCGAUCCGGAUCCGCCCGCCAGACGGAGACCAGCUCGGCCUCGAAGGAAGGCAGCGGCAACGGAGAAGCCGGCAUCGAGUUGUCUGCCUCUCGCACCGCCUCCCAGGACGCCACCCAGCAGUUCAAGCAGCAGGCGAGCGGAGAUGGCAGCACCAGUCAAGGAGCGACGUACGGAUUCGAGAAGAACAACAACGGACAGAUCCGCUUCGCCCCGGUCAAGCUGGACUCCUUCCCCGUCCACUCCGGACCACGCAGCCAGGUUCCUAAGCCAGUGCGCAAAAGCCGGCACUAUAAGUAAAAAGCUAAUACCGCUAAAGUAUAUGGCAGUGUACCGGUGAACAUGGAGGCAGUUGUCGUCCAGUCAGCUGACAACGAGCGCAUGCAGGGGGCAGCACUAUAGCGGGCGAGAAUGAGCUUAUAUUACGCAACUCUAGUUUGACAUUAACGCUAUAGUAUAUAUAUAGUAUAUAUAGUAUAUAAUAUAGAGUAUAUAGUAUAUAGUUUGACAUUAACGCUAGAUGAUGAUUGAGUUAGACGUGGAUUUACCGAAGUUGGGGAAUUAGACACAGCUUGGUGCAGGAUUAACGCCAUUAUAAUUAAAUUAUAUAUAUAUUAAUUAUAAGGUGUAGUGAAUCUAGGCGCGAAUGUAGCGCACGCUGAGAUGAUAGCAUGAGAUCACAUCACAGACUGAGUACCUGCUUUUUUCUCUCGCAGAAGGUUCAAAAAUUCAACAUUUAUCAAAUUUUUAACACGUUCGUGUUCGAAUUCCGCUCUAUUAGAUGGAUAAAAUUUACAUUGAUUGCGAAUGUAAACUUUCCUUUGAAAAACUUCCCCGAUAAUCGUUGCAACUAGGUGAAAAUCUAGUGAAACACGAUAAAGUGAUAGAGUGAACAACGGAACGUACCUCUGUAAGUGAACUAACCGGGUUGUUCAUCUUCGGAUAACACCCGAGAACGUCAGAUUUCGAUGACCUUUGAACUACACGUGUUAAGCAAUUGUGACAAAACAAGGCCAUCAUAUUUUUUUUUUUUUUAAAUUAUGUAUUUACAUGUAGAAGUAUAAAUAUAUAGUUAUAUACUACUAGUAGUAAUAAAGUACUGUAACAACAUGUA